AUGAAAUCAGAGGGGACGCCGAUACCGACGAGAACGCCGAAGAGCGGGAAGAAGAAGAAGGAAUUCACGCAGUUGGCACUCGCGAAGGACCAUCGUUUCAACUGGAUGGGUCAUGAUGGUACAGAGUCGGAGACGCUCAACCUUGAUCUCCUCCGCAUCACCAAUGAGGGCUGUCUACGCUUCAGUGAUCAGGCUCGCCGCGACUACGUCAUAACGAUGAUUCGUGCCCGCCUUGGACAAAUCAAGCUCGCCCUCGGUCUCUGCACGGAAGAGGACCUCGAGGAUGAUGAGGAUGAAGACGACGACGAAGAGAACAGCGAAGCCCAGGUUCUGUGGAGACUCGCCGUCAGGAGAGUAGAAUUGCAGCAGGAGGCAGAGGAAAGGGGAGACAGCGGGGAGCCCCUUUACUACGGGACGCCUACUGAGGAGGAAGUGGCAGAGGGCUACAGGAACUUCGUCAAGGGCACGCGUGUACUGCUGUCACAUCUGAAGCAGACGUUUGUCUCGUACAUCGACGGCCGUGAAUUCAACACGGUUGCGCAGUUGGUGGAGCAUAACAAUGCUCUUCGCCCAACGUAUGAGGAAACUGCCGCCGCUGUCCAGCACCCCAAGUUCGAGCUGCCGCCUGUGGAAGAGUUUGACGCAGAACCCCUUCAGGCCUACGUUGAAAAGAGAAAUGAGUGUCGCAUGAAGAUUGACGCGCUGCGCUGCUGCGGCGGUGGCGCGUACGCAAUGCGGUACAUGCGUGAGGAAGAGCUUGACGAAAUUGGAACCCCACGUAUCUACGUUGAUAUGGAGGACACGGAAGCCACUCUUGACGAAGAACUCCAGAACGCCCGCCAGAACCUUGCGAAGGAACGCUGGGAGUACAACUGCCGUGCGGCGAGGGUUUACCGCCGCUUGCAGAAAUUCCUGGCCAGGCGGGCCGCCGCUGCUGAGCAAUCGUAA